GUUCCAUAUGUUACAGGUCAUAUGAUUCCAUGACACAUGUAUAUGUAUAUAUACGAGAUGCCUGGUGACUCUGCUCAGACUGCGCUAAACUUCCCUCUUCAGAAUCACCCAUCAUUUCAGAGAAGUUACCUGCCACUAUGAUGCCUGGGGGCUUAUCUGAGACCAAGCCUGCUACUCCAGAAGUCCAGCAUAUUGUUAACCAGGUGAAGCCACAAUUUGAAAGCAGGGAGAACAAGACGUAUGACAUCUUUAAAGCCAUAGUAUAUAGGACUCAGGUGGUUGCUGGGAUAAACUACUUUAUUAAGGUCCAAGUUUCUGAUGCAGACUAUGUCCACUUCAGGGUGUUUCAGGGCCUUCCUCAGGAGAACCAAGGUCCCAGCCUUGUCAGUUUUCAGACUGGCAAAACCAGAGAUGAUCCUCUGACCUACUUCUGAGAGACGAUGAGGAAUGGUGCCUCAGUCGCAUGUGGGUUCUGCCUGUAUCAGUAAAUGCAUGAAAAUAAAAUGAGUUUUG